AUGAAGAAGACGGUUUUCAACCAUUUCCUACAGAGCAAGGAGGAAGAGGAAAAAGAGAAGAAGAGUGGCGCCCCUCGUAGUCUCCAUGCCGAAUGGAUGGUGAUAAGAGAUGAGCCUCCACAGCUCUUGGAUCUUUAUCCGUGGGAGAUAAAGAAAGUACUCACAGAAAGCGAUGUUGGACGGUUCAAUGGGCUGGAUUUGGACUAUGAUCAUGUCUGCGAUCAUAUCCUCCCUCAUUGGGACCGUCAAGUAGUCUGCAGUGUGAUCAACCGUGGAGAGCAAGUUCCAAUUGUUGUAAGGGAUCUAGACACUUGCACAAAGCACAAUUUGUACUUAAGGAAGUGGGCGAAUGAUACUACCUUCACAAUCCAUAACUACUGGACCAAAGAAUUCGUGGAACGUAGGGGUCUCAAAGAGGGGGAAUUGAUUGGGAUGUACUGGGAUCCCAGAUCCUCUUCCUUGUGCUUCUCUGUAUUGAAUCGCACUAGUAAUAGUAGUUGA